UUAGUUUCCUGCUUACCGCGUAAACAACCCGCUCAACAAUAUAGUCUGCCUGGCAACUGAUGAUGUUAGCCAAUCAGCUUGCCUUGCUUACUUUAACAUGAUUGGACACUGUACCCGUAUAUAUACCGGUGCCACCCCUGGGCGGAAGAAGAAGCCAGAUAGAAGCCCGGAAGUAGAAGCCCAGAAGGAGCCGCAGAGAGCGGACCGAUAGAGGCUUCGGGGCAGACUGAAGCACAAGAGGAGCCGCGGAGAGCGGACCAAAGGAGGCUUCAGCUGGGAGAACCCAGGGCAGGCUGUACGGAGAAGGAAAAUAAAAAGAAAAGGUUGUCCACUACCAGACUGUGUCGUGUGUCCUUCCUGCCGGCCGGGAGCGGACAUCGACAUUUGGAGGCCCGCCCGGGGACUGAUCACCCCCGAGACGUGGAAGUGGACAACGCUCCAGUACAGAGCUGCGAGACAGGUGAGUUGGGGAUAAGCCUGGGCUCUGGGUGGCGCGCACCUACAGGGCUUUUAGACUCCCCUCAGGCUCACGCGUAAGUGGCGGAUUCCUUGGGCCUCACGCGGUGAGUAACAUAUUAAAAAAUGGGAAACAUGCUAGGUAGCGGCACUAAGAGCGAGGGUGGUUGUGGAGAAAGCUCUCAAGAGCUUACAAAAGUACGCAGGGUAUCUGAGCAGGCCCAGUCAGGGAGCUCCCGAGAGGGGUCCGUCAAGGGGAACAAGGAUGCUAAGGAGGAGGACGGGGCUCUAGCCUCGGAGUCGUCUGACUCCGAGGACGAGGGAAAGUUGAAUGGCAAGGAGGCCAAAGAGACCAGCUGUCAGGAGCCUAAGUCGCUCCAUAAGGAGUCGGGUCUGCGGAAGAGUAGAGAGCUCCUGAGUGCGCUCCGGCGCGAGAGGGAGGCAAAGCCUUCCGCCCCACCUCGGGGGCCGUUUCCGGAGGCGAUCCCUCGCCGCGGGGCGGCCGCCCGGGAGCUCCCUUCCUCUUCGCCAGAACAGGAAGUGAUGCACGGGCCCCCAUUCUCCGCCCAAUCACGGCCGCCGUUUUAUGCUCCGCCGCCGGCGGAUCGGUAUUUUCACAGGUGGCUUUGGCAGGGGAGACGCUUGUUUCAUGAGGUACAUCCACCACCUGGGAUGGAUAGUGACCCCUAUGGGAUAUUUCCUGUACAAGUGGCUAUAGGCCAGGGACGCAAUGUAUGGGAGCCUUUUGAGAUAAAGCAGAUUAGAGAACUUAAAAAUGCAGUUACAACCUUUGGGCCGACUGCGCCUUACACCAUUGCCAUGCUGGAGAAUCUGUCUUCUGGGCCCCUCACCCCCGCGGACUGGAUUCAGCUGGCGGGGGCGUGUCUGCCCUCGGGUGGUUACCUGGAUUGGCGAGCCUGGUAUGCAGAGUCCUCUGCAGAGCAGGCUGAGAGAAACGCCAAUCGGGGAGACCGGGGGUGGAACAAGAGAAUGCUUGUGGGAGAGGGUCGGCGCGCUGAUGGUCAGACUCGGUUCCCCGGCGCUCUCUGGCGGGGAGGAGAUAGAGAGCCAUCCGCUCCGCCCUGGAGCUCUUUUCUAAAAGCGGCUCCCCGCCGAGAGGCCGCCACAGGAAACCCUCCCUUCCCUCAGCCGGCACAGGAAGUGACGCCCCGUUUCACUCUGUCGCGACCGCAGUCUUAUGACGUCGCGCCGCUGGGCAGACGGUAUUUUCAUGGGCGGCUACUCUGCCGAGCAGGCUGAGAAAAACGCCGGUCGAGGAAAAAGGGGCUGGGGAUUUAGCUCAGCGGCUUAAGCGCCUGCCUUGCAAGUGUGCAGUUGUUAGUUCGAUCCCUGGUACCAAUAAAAAAAAAAAAAAAAAAAAAAAAAAAAAAAAAAACGAAAAAGAUAAAAAUAAAAAAUAAAAAACAAAAAGGGGGAGUAAACCCUCGAGGUUUGAUCCCUGGUGAUGUUUGGCAGAUGGACAUCACACAUAUACAGGAGUUUGGGACUCUUAAAUAUGUUCAUGUUUCCACAGACACCUGUUCUCACGUCAUAUUUGCAACAGCAGAAACAGGUGAAAAAGUGUCUAAUGUGAUCAAUCAUUGCCUGGCGGCUUGGGCCGCAUGGGGCAAACCAAAAAUAUUAAAAACUGAUAAUGGACCAGCCUAUAUAGGCAAAGCUUUCAAUGAGUUCUGCAAAAUGAUGGAGGUUCAAUUAAAACAUGGUAUCCCAUACAAUCCCCAAGGUCAAGGAAUCAUUGAGAGGGCUCAUAGAAGCCUCAAAGAAAUUUUACAAAAACAAAAAGGGGGAGUAGGCCAAGGCCUGGCCCCAAAGGCACGAUUAUCCAUGGCACUAUUCACACACAAUUUUUUAAAUUUAAAUAAUGAUAAUCGCUCCCCAGCUGUGGAGCACUGCAACCCUUCCCCCAACCAUAAAGGGUGGGUGAAGUGGAAAGAUGUCCUGACAGGACAGUGGAUGGGCCCGGAUCCAGUGGUCAGCUGGAACCGAGGCGCGAUUUGUGUUUUCCCACAGGAACCGGGACGAGAACCACUGUGGAUACCGGAGAGACUGACACGGACAACAAAGCCCUCGACUAAAGAUCAGACCUGCCCUACUGGAGAUCCAUCACAGACCAACCAACAAGAUGAAUAGAAAUAGCGGUAGCCCGAAAUGGACAAGAAGAUCCUCAGGCAUAUGCAUGGCUCGCUCGCCUAGCCUACGACCGAGUCUAGGGACGAAGCCAGAUAGAAGCCCGGAAGUAGAAGCCCAGAAGGAGCCGCAGAGAGCGGACCGAUAGAGGCUUCGGGGCAGACUGAAGCACAAGAGGAGCCGCGGAGAGCGGACCAAAGGAGGCUUCAGCUGGGAGAACCCAGGGCAGGCUGUACGGAGAAGAAGAAUAAAAAGAAAAGGUUGUCCACUA